CGUACAGCAGCCUGAAAUCGAAUUUUCUCGGACGUAAUUUGACAGCCGCCAUGCAGCGGAACAAAUCCAGCAGUGUGGAGGUGAAGCAGGUGAUCGGAGCUCUCUGCAGGCUUCUGGCGGCCGCCGGGCUGGACGCCGUGCCCGCACCGGAGACUUUCAGACGGGCUAAAUUUGCAGGCAGAGGCGAGGAGGAUCCGUUUUGGAAGCUUCUCUCCAGCAUCCUUCUGACAGCUGGUGUUGUUAGUCCAGAGGUCAGCACAAGGCUAGGAGGAGAUUGCAGGAAGCUGGUUGCAGUGGGUCUGUGGCAGACUGGCUACUAUGCUGACUGGAUGCACGGGGGAGAUGGAGGGGAAGAGGAAGAAAAAGAGGAGGAGGGCAGGAGUUUCUCCAGCAGAGAUCUCCUCCUGGCACUGGGCUGGCUGCUUGCUGCAGGAACCCUGGAGAAACUGGUCACUCAGCGUGUCCAAAAAGUGGACACAACACUACUCGUAUCUCUACCUCGGGACCCUCAGCUGUCAAGCGAGCUCCAGUUUGACUCUGCCUGCCUGAGGAGACUCCAUUGGCUCACUGGGAGUUUGAGGCACCAGGGACGGACGCUGCUGUCCAUGCUGCGAGAGCGAACCGGAGCGCUUCAUGCUGUUCUUUCUGUCAGUGUUCCCUCCACUGGUUCUUAUUCCUCUGGGGAAAGCUCUGAGGUGCUCAGCCAGGAUUGUGUUCGUGUUCGUCAGCUGUGUGAUCUCUUGGAGGCAUAUCUGAACUGGAAACAGGUGGAGGCAGUCUUCUGGACGUGGAUGGACAGUGUGAUGGACUGCCAUCUGACGGAAUCAGUUGUUAAGAAGCCUACUCCUGCAUUUGAUGGGGUUCCACGAGUGUGUCACCACCAAAACCGAGGGCUGGAGAAACUGGAAGACAUGCUACUGAGACUGCACAUAUCACAGGAAGAACAGAGGAGUGACAGAGGAGCUGUUGGAGAAAGAAGAGUUGGAGACUGCUCCCUUCCUCCUCCCGUCUCCCCUCUCCCCGACCUGUCUGCCCCGACUCGGGUGUGUCGAGCCAGGCUCCAGACUGAGAGGCCUGUGGGACGCAGCAGCCGUCCAGCAGAGGGACCCCCCGGCUCGCCCCGGCCUCCAGACCACCUCCCCGCUUCUCAGGCUGCAGAGAUGCUGCGCUGUUUAGAGGCUCAGCUCUUAGAGAGGAGGGACCGGCAGAGGCUCGCCAACAGGGAGCAGCUGCAGGAGAUGAUUGGCAGACUGGACGGGCUGGUGCUGAUCCCCCCAUGAACUUUGUGUUUUCAAGUUAACUGCUGAAUGUGGUAAUGAUGAAUCCACUUGACUUUCAAGUUUUGUAAAUGCUUUGCAAGAGGAUGCAAUGCAAACAUGUAAAACAAAAGAUGAUAGAUAACUUACUGAUGAAUGCUGCAGAAUGAAAUGACUUUUUAUACCAGACUGUAUAAAGAUGCUUGGUAGCAAACAGAGAACGCUGCACCGAAAACCUGCAUCAUCAUCAUCAUAUCAUCUGUUGCAGGGACAGAAGUUCAGGAGGGAGUUGGCACGUAAAACUGUGCUGUUACAUGAGUAGUAAUAUUAUUUCAGCGUUCAUGGUUAAUUUACAAAUGGAUCCCAGAUAUUUGUUGUCAAACUGCUACUUUCUUGUAGGUUUGUGUUGACGGGCUGCUGCAACUAUUUUAUGAACUGUGGGAAAGAAACGUAAAAAACGUAUUUCAGUUUUCCCUCGAUAAUCAAAGUAAUUGCUUCUGGAAUUUGAUUUGGUGUGCAGUAAGAAUUAGCAAAAAAUUUUACAAAUUGUUUUGUUUAACAGUCAAAACUAAUACGUCUUCUUACUUAAUUAAAAAAACAAUUAUUUCUACCCA